AAAAUGUGAGAAUUAAACUCGAAACAUUGGAGCAAACCAAGCGUAUAAUACCAAAGAGGCGGGAAAACUUAAACCCUAGUACCCAACCUUCAAGAAAUUGGCUGAAGCUUUCUGAGUUCGUUCUAUCCAAAAAAUGGGAAUCAAGGGUUUAAUGAAGCUGUUGGCUGACAAUGCUCCAAGUGGAAUGAAGGAGCAGAAGUUCGAGAGCUAUUUCGGCCGUAAAAUAGCCAUCGACGCUAGUAUGAGCAUUUAUCAGUUCCUGAUUGUAGUAGGACGAAGCGGUACGGAAAUGCUCACUAACGAAGCUGGGGAAACUACUAGUCAUUUGGUCGGGAUGUUUUCGCGGACGAUUAGGCUUUUGGAAGCUGGAAUCAAGCCAGUUUAUGUUUUUGAUGGCAAGCCCCCUGAUUUGAAGAAACAAGAACUUGCAAAACGUUACUCUAGAAGGGAAGAUGCCACAGAUGACUUGGCUAAGGCUACAGAGAGUGGCAACAAGGAGGAUAUUGAGAAAUUCAGCAAGAGAACAGUAAAGGUUACAUCACAACACAAUGAUGACUGCAAAAAACUUCUCAGACUAAUGGGGGUACCUGCUGUUGAGGCUCCUUCUGAAGCAGAGGCUCAGUGUGCUGCACUUUGCAAGGCAGAAAAGGUUUAUGCUGUGGCCUCAGAAGAUAUGGAUUCCUUAACUUUUGGAGCUCCAAAGUUUCUUCGCCAUUUAAUGGAUCCUAGCUCCAAAAAGAUACCAGUGAUGGAAUUUGACAUCUCCAAGGUAUUGGAGGGACUUGAACUUAGUAUGGAUCAGUUCAUAGACUUGUGCAUUCUUUGUGGAUGUGAUUACUGUGAUAGCAUCCGAGGCAUAGGGCCCCAGACGGCUUUGAAGCUUGUACGCCAACAUGGGUCAAUGGAGAGCAUAUUAGAGAAUAUUAACAAAGAGAGAUAUCAAAUACCUGAUGAUUGGCCUUAUGAAGAGGCUAGGCGGCUCUUCAAGGAACCAUUAGUUGUUACAGAUGAUGAGCAAACUGAACUAAAAUGGGCUGCUCCUGAUGAAGAAGGGUUGGUUAACUUUCUGGUAAAGGAAAAUGGAUUCAACAUUGAUAGAGUUACAAAGGCAAUAGAAAAGAUCAAGACAGCCAAGAACAAAUCUUCUCAGGGGCGGUUAGAAUCAUUCUUUAAACCAGUUAGCACGUCUGCUCCAGUUAAAAGAAAGGAAACAUCUCACACCACUGAGAAAGGAGCUGCUAACAAGAAAUCAAAGGCUGGUGGUAGUAAGAAGAAAAAGUAGUUAGCAUCAAGUUAAAGCUUGCAGUGAAGUGAUGGUUUCGUACCUUGGUCAGUCAGAGUGCCCAGUCACAUUGCUGCUUGUGGAGUCUUUGGUAGCUGGCGCCUCAAAUUUGUUUGGUCUUCUGGAAGAAAAUACACCGAUUAGUCAGGCUUUGUUUCAAGUGUCUCGUUUAUUUUCUUUUCUUCUGUAUCUCUCCACCCUGCCCUCUUUUUCAAUCAAUGAGUGUAUAAAUCUGGAUUAUCCUGGGUUCUCAUCCUAUGUGAAUUUGGCAUUUCUGUAGGUUACAUGUACACCAUUUAAUGCAUAAAACCGCUCUUAAUCUAGAAAUUGGCACAGUUGUUGCAA